CUCCGCCCACUCACUGUGCUUUGCUGUCGUCUGUCAGCUGGCCAGCUUCAUUAAUAGUGGGGUUUAGUUGGUAGUGUCUGUGUGCGAUGGCUGUUGAGCUGCGCUCUAGUGUGAAAUAUGGCACUGUUUUGUCUUUCACUGUGCUUCUGCUUGCCUACUGGUUCCGCUCUCCUCAGUCGGUGCUGGAUGAGAGGCUGGGAGCUGUGCUGUCCUCUUUACUCCGCGCUGAGCGUAAAGUGGGGAUGAAUAACAUCGCCAGACCCAGAGUGGCUAUAGGGUUCGGGGGCUGUGUUGACAUUAUUGUGGAUGGUGUGACAUUGCUGAACAAGAUUGGACUGCAGCCGACUGAUCAGCCUCUGCACCAUGACUAUAUUGAGAAUGUGGAACAGCUCGCUCAGAGUUUUGCUUACUUUUUCGCUCCGGGAGCAGCUUCUGAGCGGUUGGUGGUGAACGACACACUCUUCAGUCAGCUGGUGGAGGCCUCUCGAGAGUUGCCGGGAAACCGCUGGUCAGUUGGGGGUAAUGCACCAGUGAUGGCAGGCAGGAUGGCCAGUGAGGGCUGUGACGUGCUACUUGGGGGCAGCUUCAGCCCAGACUUUAAUGACUACCUCUCAGAACAUAUCACAGUGGUAGGUAACACAGUGGAGGAACCAGAUAUUCAUCUGAUCCUGGAGUAUCCCUCUGGGGCAACAUGGGGGCCAUACACCUCCCGAAGAGCAAACAGGUACAUUGUCCACAGUGAUGACCACAAUCCAUACUUAGACUCGAUGGAGAAGUUUGAGAAGAAGCUGCAGAGCUUUAAACCUGACCUGCUGGUGGUCGGAGGGCUUCAGAUGAUGGACAACUUUCCGUUCGAACGAGGAGAGCGUGAAUCUCUGCUCAAUCGCCUGGCUCAGCUGUUGUCUUCAGCCUCACCGCAGACCAAUGUGCAUUUUGAAAUGGCCAGCUUUGUUGAUGAAGCUCUGAUGUCUGACUUGCUAGAGCUUGUGCUGCCUCAUGCUGACUCUCUGGGCAUGAAUGAGCAGGAGCUGCCCAACCUGCUAAGCCUUUUGCGUGGCAGCACUGUGACCGUGCUGUCCGACCCCAACCCCCGUGUGGCCACCGUGUUGGACCAGAUGCGUGAGCUUUACCGCGUUAUCAACCUCAGGCACAGGCAGGCUGGCCUCGGUCGACCCCUCACCAGGCUACACGUUCACACACUGGCCUUCCAAGCAAUGAUUGUCACGCAGGGGUCUCAGUGGAAGAACACCAUGUCAGCCACAGCCAAGGCCUCGCUCACUGCCAACCGGCACGUGUGUGGCUCAGCUGACAUUGACCCCAGCAAGGCCCGCCUCAUCUUGGACGAGUCAUUCUCUGUAAGCAGGAGGGAAGGCAGCCAGAGAAUUCCCCUGCAGGAAUCGCGGCCUGUCUCCUGCUGGACCGAGGACGAAUAUGAGAUCUGUGUGGCUCCUGUGCUCGUGUGCACUGAGGUAUAUCAGACUGCAGGGGGAGGAGACAACAUCUCCGCUGCUGGCCUCGUGUUGCAGAUCUAAAGGAGGAGAAGGGAAGUGAACUCAGAAUCGCUAGCCCCAUUGCUCAAACAUCCCACAUAUAUGAAGACUUUUAUUUUAAGCUGUAGUCUUACAAAUCAAGUACAACACCAAUGUUGGGUUCCAAAAUUCUACACUUCUUUUGUUCUUUGUUUUUGCAUAUAACACCUUGAGAUGUGUGUUUUAUUCUGUACCGUAGCAUUUGCAUGUGUCUGGGGCCAGUCACCUCUUAACUAUUCUCCAAAAUGCUGGAAACUUUAAUAUGGAUUGGUUUAAAACCCAUAACUAUAGUCUGAUUAAGAGUUGAAUGACUGAAAUGAUUGUUCUUUUUUAUUUUUUAGUUCUCUAUUAAUGCCGUCAUUUGGUCUUAAUUGAAUUUGUCACAACACGCCUAUAAUCAGUGCUUUGCAUUGCCACAUGCACUAUUUUACCACUUGCAAGACAAAACUCUUACUUGACUACACACCUGUUCUUUUUCUUUGCCUCUCAUCAUUUUAUGUCUUUUUUUAAAUCACGUUAACAUUUCUUUUUACGCCCAACUUGAUUUAAUUGUGAUAGCAUAAAAGAAUGCGUUAUGGAACACGAAUUAUAUCCAGACCUUUUCCCCUUUGUUUCUUUUUUAACUCUUGCAUUUUUUUAUUGAAAUAUCACAGCAAAGCCACUCAUCUGCCAGGAGCAUUUACUUCAUCUCAAAAUCUUGAGAAAUGCUUAUGAAAGAGGUAAUUGUAUUGAGAUUUCUUGGUCAACGCAUGGGUACCUAUGGGGAACACCAAAAGCUCUAGUUAUUAAUUUCAUAGUUCUGAUUAAUUUACAGGAUUGUCAAUUGAGCUCAACAUGUCAGGGUUUCAUGAGUUUUCAUCCUUGUAGCUUCUUUUAAUCCUUGGUACCUGCAGAAUGAAUUAAUUAUCUACCUACCUCUUGUGCCUAUGGAAGAAUUUGUUGCUACUUGAUCUUUAUGAAAUCUGUUGACUGCUACCUGGAUUAAUGCAUGCAAGAGGGUGCUUGUUUUCCUGUUAUCCUCCUGUAUGAGGCACAACUGAGUGGUGUUGGCGAUGUUCCACCCUGUGAGUGCUAUCAGAAAUGUUUUCGGACACUUGUUAUCACUCGCUGCUGAUAGUACAACGUGUCUCAGGGAUUAGCUGAGCCUUGUUACUAUGGAGUCACAUCAUUCGACUUGGAAGUAACUAAGCUAAACAGAGUGGCAGACUUGAUGAUGUUUGUUCCAGCCUUACUAUUAUUGAGAGUUGAAUUUGCUAAUGACUGACAACAUGCUCAGAAGUAGAAAUGUUUUUUAUUACAUGAAGUAAAAAAAAAAAUGCAAUGGAAAUUGAGUUUGUGUUGAGAGUUAUAUGUAUAAUUCUAUAUAUAUUUCGAUGGUUGUAAGUUUGAAAGAAUGCACACACCAUGAUUAUGAUGUUUUUGGGUAAAACGUAGCAUAGUAAUGAACCCAACUUGAGUGCAAGUAAACAUUUGUUAUCUUUCUGGUGUGGCAGUGCAUAUGCUGCCCUUUUUAUCUGUUCUGUUUUUAUAUCUCUGUACCAAGUUUGAUGAACCAGUAAUGCUAGGUUAUAAAUGAAGAUAUGUUUCUAAAUUGCUCCUUUUUAUUCUUAUGUAAUUAAAACUUGCAUUCCGUUUCUGA